AUGUGUGUGCCUUUACCUGGCCUUUGCUGUUCUGUCAACUCCUCUGAUAGUACCGCCUGCCUGUGCUGCUGCUGCUGUUCCUGAUACACGGGCAAGCUGCACAUACUAGCACACACCACAAACACAGAGACAGAAGGAGAACAAGCAGCCAGGCAGCCAGACGGACGUACGGUUGGAAGGAAGGCAACACACACCACCAUGGGCUGCUUUAGCAUUAAGUGCGGGCUUUUAGCCGGAUCUGUGUUUGGGGCGGUGAUAGCCAUCCUGGGAGGCAUCCUUAUCCCAGUGGGGGACAUGAUCAUUGAGAGGACAGUCAAGAAGGAAGCUGUCAUUGAGCCUGGAACGACAGCUUAUGACAACUGGGCAGCUUCAGAGAUCGCAAUUUACAGGCAGUUCUGGUUCUUUGACGUGAAAAACCCACAGCAGGUCGUGCAGGAAGGUGCAUUUCCAGAGGUACAGGAAAAAGGACCGUACACAUAUAAGACAAGAUAUCUUCCCAAAGCGAACGUCACAUUCAACCCCAAUAAUACUGCCUCCUUCGUGCUGCCCUUGGGUGCCAUCUUCGAACCAUCCAUGUCAGUGGGACCAGAGGAAGACACAGUCACCUCACUCAACCUGGCAGUGGCCGGGGCCUAUUCAUUGCUUCCUCCAGCAUCACAUAUCUUGCUAGACAUGGUCAUAAAUAGCACAAAUUCUUCCCUAUUCCAACACCGUACAGUUAAGGAGCUGCUGUGGGGUUACUAUGACCCAAUAUUGAAAGACACCAUCGGCCUAUUUUCACCUUAUAAUGGUACCACUGAUGGCCCCUACAAUGUCUUCACUGGAAAGGAUGACAUUUCAAAAGUGUCUGUAAUUGACAGAUGGCGAGGAGAGACGAAAUUAAGCUUUUGGAAUGAUACAUAUUGUGACAUGAUCAACGGGACAGAUGGUUCUUCCUUUGCUCCGUUUGUGGAUAAGGAUGUACCCCUCUAUUUCUUCUCAUCAGACAUCUGCAGGUCUGUGUCAGCUAGCUAUGAGGCAACUAUGAAUCUUAAAGGUAUUGAGGUCUACCGCUACAGCCUCCUACCAUCCACUCUAGCCUCUCCUGUGGACAACCCAGACAAUAAAUGUUUCUGCAGAAAUUAUGAAACCACCAAAAACUGCACCUUGGCUGGAGCGCUGGACAUGAGUUCCUGUUCAGACGGUAGACCAAUCUUCAUCUCUUUGCCCCACUUCCUUCAAGGCAGUGAAUAUCUACGGGAGGUUGUGUUGGGCCUACACCCAGAUGAAGAGCACCAUAAAACUUUCCUGGAUGUGGAACCUAUUACUGGUUUUACCCUUAAUUUUGCCAAGAGAAUUCAAGUCAAUAUGAUGUAUGGACCAGCAAAAGACAUUACGGUGCUUAACAAAGUGAAAGAUCACACGUUAUUACCUCUUGCUUGGAUGAAUGAGACGGCAACGCUGGAUGAUAAAACUGCUGACAUGUUUAAGAGGGAACUUCUCUCCCGCAUUGAUAUGUUGGAGAUAGUACAGCAAGUCUUGCUGAUUGCAGGUGUGAUCAUCUUUUGUGUGUGUUUAAUUGCCUUCUUCUGUGUGAGGAGGAAAAGCAAAGCAAACCUUGGAUGAAUGAAUCAUUCAUUUUACUGUUUGUUGUGUGAGCACAGUGCAUUGAAGCUGCUACAUCAAACGUUUUGAUAUAGACUCGCACUUUUUUGGAAAUUUUUGCGUUAUUUUGAAUUAUUAUACCUCCUGUGAUAACUGGGAGGGAUACUGUGAUUUUGUAAAGCUGUAAAGAACUCAUUUGCCAAGUAUAAUUUUAAUUGCAAACACUGUAAUAUUAACUGUAUCAGGGAUUUCUAGAGGGAGAGCACAUGGAAACUACUCUUAACUGUCAGGUAAUGCAUCAGACCUCUGAGAAGAGAGACGUGGAAUAGUUUGCCAUCAUAUGAAAGAAAUGUACAUGAAUUUAAAUAUUAUGUGAAUGUAUGCUUUGCUGAACUAGUGUAUUUAAAAUAAAUAAAUACUGGAAAAGAGA